AUGAAUAAUCUUUUUACUUUUAGAGCGGCAACUCCAAGCUUUUGCUUCUUCACGAAGUCAUACAAUAAGUGUCCUGCUGGAGCAAUUCCUAUUUCUCCCGAAAAUUACUCGAAUUUCAAUAAAUUUAUUACGUAUGACAUGUAUCAAGUUUCGAUUUUAUACGUGGAUGAUACAUAUGUCGACAAUAUGCCAGUAUCAUUCAACGUUAAAUCGGUUCCCAGUGAUAUCGGUUUAUUGAAGCUUUAUUCCUUAAAUAAUAACAAAGUUUACUUAGAUUUUUCAGACAAAACAUUCAACAUUCCACUCUAUCUUCAAGGCAUUAAAGCUCAGCUCAAUUACAACGUUAUUAAAGCCAAAAAUAUCAAAUUAGAGAAAGUCACUACGUUUGGAUUCGGGGAUUCAAUUGAAGCCACUGUUUUACACAUCGACAGUUACUCAGCGGACCAGUUCGAAGACAAGUUUAACUGUUAUUCAGUUUAUUUCGAUUUGAAUGAGCUCCCAUCCAAAAAUAUCACGUUUACACAUAAAGCUCCAUCAUCUGUCAAGUUCUUUAACAUCAGAAAUUCAUCAUUCUACUUCAAUUUCAACAGAAUGAUCAUUGCUUACGAUGAAAAAGAUGUUUCUUUUUAUUUCGAUGACACAAAAGCGACAACCAUAUUUGAAUUCAAUGAAACAACACAAAAUCUUUAUAUUUCAAACAUCGCUGAUUACAAAGAUUCAUUAGUUUCACAUUCUACAUUCGUUUCUACCAAGAAUUUGCAGAUAAAUUCUCCUCUUCACAUUCCUUUCAAUAAAAACGGUCCAAAAAUUGACACAACAAACGGUUUGUCACUUCACAUGACCAAUUCAGAUCAGAACUUUAAGUUUGUGCAAGGAUAUCCAUCGCAAGACCAGAAAAUUGUCUAUUCAAACACAGAAGAUGUAACAAUGUCAGAAAUUUUAAUUGGCGGAGAAACAAAAAUUUUGGUUCCAAAUUUGACAGCUGAAAAAGUGUCAGUGUCACCUUUUGAUACAAAAGUGACAACCAAUGCCGAUAAGAUCACUGUUACAACAAUGAAAAUCAAUGAUAACAAAGUAGAUUUCGAGAAUGGAAACUAUGAUAUUCAUUAUCUUGAUUUAGGAAACGGAAAAGUUUCAUUUGAUAACUUCGAAAGAUUGAUAAUGAAAACAAAAUUGAAAGGACAAGUAAAUAUCAAUAAUCUGAAAGAAGAAAAUGUCUGGAUCAAAUUAGAUUUGGAUGAUUUGAUAUCAGAAGGAGAAUAUGAUAUAUUGAAUGUGAAAAACACUCAAAUUGAUUGUGAUAAAUCUGUUUUGAUGGCGAAUGAUGAUUCUGCAACUUAUUUCCCAUUUGUUUACAGAGAUUAUAAGAUUGAUUACAAAUGCUCUGCAAAUAAAAUUACAGUCAAAACAACAAAGACAACGAAAUCAACUAAAGUUUGUAUAUAUGACUACAAACAAAGCUGCCCAAGUGAUUACGUAGCUGUUUCUAAUAACUCUGAAAUUGAUAACAUUCUUAAUUUGAUUGAAAGUGACACAAAAACAUGUCAAAUUUUGGUUAUGUCACCAAGAAAUGACAUCAAAAUUGAUAUCGAUAGAGAAAUGAAAUACAUUUUCUAUGGAAAAGGAAAGACUGUUGAAUUGUUAGAUAAAACAAUUGAAACUGCUGCUUCUAUUGUUUCUAAUGGUGUUAAUAUGAAUUACAACGGAAAUAUGACGAAAUCAAGACUUCCAGAAUUGAAAUUAUAUGAUGCAAAAAUCAACCAAAAGUUUGCAAAUUUGGAUGGAAUAUUGAUUAAAAGAAUUUGGGAAGUUCCUUUCGAAUCUGACUUGCCAACAGUUAUAACCUGUGAAACAGCUGUUACACUUAAAUUCGAAGGAAAUAUGGAAAUCAAAUCGAAUAAUUUCAUUUUGGAUGGAAAAACAAAACUAAAGAAAGGAAAUUACGAAUAUCAACCAAGUUCUGGAUCAAUCAUAAAAAGUGAUACAACAAUUGACAUCAAAAGCGCUCAAUUUUUGACAGCAACUGCCCCUUUAGGUAACUUUGGAGAUGUUGAUUAUUUGAAUAUGACAUGGACGUCGAAUUUUUCAAAAGCUGACUUUACAAAAGUCAAAAAACUUUAUUUGACAUUUGGAAAUGAUUUUGACGAUUUGACAUUUGUUGAUGGAAUGGAUGUUAUUUUGAAUCCAACAUCGGAAAACAUUACAAUUGAUAAACUACAAAUCAAAGGUAAUGUUAAACUGAAAACAACAAAACCACUAAAAAUUACGCACUUCAAAGUUUUCGAAAAUUCUGACCAUGAAAUUGAUGAAAAAUUUGUAAUCAAUUUCUUGGAAUUACAAGAAUCUUCUAAGGCCAAAUAUAUUGGCGAUAAAGUUGAAGUUCUUACAGUUCAUUACACGACAUCAAGAGUUCCUUUGUUAACAGUUCAAAAUGUUAGUAUUGGAAAAGUUAUUUUCAAUUCCAUGGCUUUCGAAGGAGAAUUGAAUCCAUAUAAAAUCAUGGAAAUAGAUCCGAUUUUGGUUGUUGAAGGAGAAUUAAAGGUAAAUUCUGUUAACUUCGAUGGAUUUGAUGAGUUCUAUAGAAUUCACAUGAACUACAGAUUAUCAACUGAUGGUUUGUAUUUAUUGCAUUCAGACAGAACAGUUCCAACUCCAACAUCGAAUGUAAACUACUCUAAAGAAAAUGUAGUUUUCACAGUAAUUUGCAUGUCUGUUGCUCUUGUUGUUGCAAUUGCAAUUUCUGCAAUUAUAUGCAUCUGCGGAAAGAGACAUGAUGCCAAGUUACUGUCCACACAUCCAUUGCUUUCAACAGACUAA